GGGACUCCAUUAACUCAUGGAAACGGUUCUUUUCACUCCGAAAGAAGCACCGCUCUUCAACUCCAACCAGCAGAGAAAUGUCAAGGAAGCCAUGGAAAUGCAAAGCAUCAAUCAGCCCCAGAACAGCCAUACAUCAACAAGCAUAUCAUCAGACUCCAUUGAGCUUCCUAGUCCAUCCGGAAAAUGGGCCCCAAGGCUUCUAAUGGAGUGUGCAAGAGCGAUAUCCGAGAAUGAUUCUGGCAAAAUCCACCUUCUCCUAUGGAGAUUAAAUGAGCUUGCGUCUCCCUAUGGAGACUGUGAUCAGAAAUUAGCAUCUUAUUUCUUGCAAGCUCUAUUCUGUAAGGCCACGGAUUCCGGUCAACGAUGCUACGAAACCUUAACUGCAGUGGCUGAAAAGAGACACUCCUUCGAUUCAGCUCGGAAGUUGAUACUCAAGUUUCAGGAGGUAAGCCCGUGGAUGACUUUUGGUCAUGUAGCUUCAAAUGGUGCUAUUUUGGAGGCCUUAGAGGGGGAAACUAAACUUCACAUAAUCGAUAUAAGCAACACCCUUUGCACCCAAUGGCCUAUUUUGCUAGAAGCUUUGGCGACAAGAAAUGAUGAAACCCCGCAUCUAAAGCUCACUGUUGUGGAUACGGCUAGCACAGUGAGGUCGGUUGUCAUGAACGAAGUAGGCCAAAGAAUGCAAAAGUUUGCAAGGUUAAUGGGAGUACCCUUUGAGUUUAAUGUAAUAAGUGGACUAAAUCAUUUGGGAGAGCUCACAAAAGAAGGACUAGGUGUUCAAGAGGAUGAGGCUAUUGCGGUGAAUUGUAUAGGGGCCCUGCGAAAAGUGGAAGUGGAGGAGAGGGGAGUUGUCAUUCGGAUGUUUCAGUCCCUGAGGCCUCGAGUUGUCACCGUUGUUGAGGAAGAAGCUGACGUUUCAAGCUCAAGAGAUGACUUUGUCAAGUGCUUUGAAGAGUGUCUAAAGUUCUACACAUUGUACUUUGAGAUGCUAGAGGAGAGCUUUUUCCCAACUAGUAAUGACAGAUUAACUUUAGAGAGGGAGUGCUCAAGGAACAUAGUUAGGGUUUUGGCUUGUGAUGAUGGAAAUGGCACUGAAGGAGAAUGUGAGAGAAGGGAGAGAGGGAGCCAAUGGUCUGAGAGACUAAAGGAAGCAUUUUCACCAGUUGGGUUUAGUGAUGAUGUUAUGGAUGAUGUAAAGUCGUUGCUAAAGAGGUACAGAGCCGGGUGGGGGCUUCUGCUACCUCAAGGAGAUCAUGAAUCAGGAAUUCACUUGACAUGGAAGGAGGAACCUUUAGUUUGGGCUUCAGCAUGGAAACCAUGAUUGAUACAUGUUCAACACAACCAUUGCUGGUCUGUACGUUGUGAAGUUUAGCUUGGAAUUAAAGCACGAAUGUGUAGCCAUGAACAUAUAUAUGUGGUUCCUGGCCUUUUCUUUUUAUUUCUUGUCAUUCAUGCAUACUUGUGUUUUGAUAUUAUGUCCUAGUUUUCUUUUGCUUUAUGCUUGGGAGUUUGUGUUGCUUCUUUUUCUUUUUACUUCAUUGUUGUUGUUUGAAGGUGUUUGCACUUGUGCUAGCUUCACGUAAUAAAAUAAUUCCAUGGCAUUGUAU